AUGGGUUUAUCAGUUAAGACAUUUUUGGGGAUGUCGCCGUAUGGAUUAGUAUCUGAAAAAGUUUUUCAUCUACCUGUAGAGAUUGAAUAUAAGGCAUAUUGGACUAUUAAAACAAUUAAUAUGGAUUUUAAUCUUGCAGAUGUUGAAGAGCACCGGCUACAUGCUUAUGAAAAUGUUAAGAUUUAUAAAGAUAAAGUCAAAUAUUGGCAUGAUAAGCAUCUUAUACCUAAACAAUUUGAGAUGAGGCAAAAAGUGCUCUUGUACAAUUCACGCCUUAGAUUGUUUCCCAGAAAACUCAAAUCAAGAUGGUCAAGACCAUUUGAAAUCACUCAAGUCUUUCCUUAUGGGGUCGUUGAGGUGGUUAAUGCAAGAAAUGAGCUGUUCAAUGUCAACGGACAAAGAUUAAAAUCCUACUUGGCGGGUGAAAUUGUCCCCAAAGGACUCAUAUGUCAUUUGGAUGACUCUCUUCAACUUAAUGAGCCAAAUCUUUUGAGUCGAGCCAUCUACUAUAAACAAAAGCGCUAG